GGGAGGAAUCCCCUACAGGUGGAUUAGGAAUCCAGGCCUAACCAAGCUCGGCUGCCCUGUGCUUUUCUUGGCAGCUGGCCAACAAGUCCCUGAUGCCGGAGGUGGAGGAUGAAGACGAUGACGAAGAUUCGGAGGACGCCCUGAGCGAGUUCGACUACUUGGGCUCCGGGGAAAACGGGGAAGGGUCUGGGGACACGCGGCGUGCUGGAGACAGCAACGAACUGGGACCCCGCAGGGUGAAGCUGCAAGGCAUGCUGGCUGAUCUCUGUGAUGUUGAUGGCCUCUCCCCUAAGCCUUCCAUACCUCCAGCCAUGACGUCUCAGCCCAGGUCCCACGAAGGUGAGGGCUCCGCACUUCUUUUGGCUCCCAAUUUACCUUUUUG